AUGAAAUAAUAAUUAGCAUAGGAACCACACUUUAAUGGAGAAUUUGAAGAUAGUGAAAGUGAGACUGAAGACAAUUCAAAGAAGAAGACAACUUUGAUAAUGAAUGUAUCAGGUUAGAUGUACUUACUAUAAUUUUAGAUACUCAAUAUGAUGUUGUGAAGUUUGUAGGUAAAAAGUUAUUUAAAUGGAUUUUACAAUAUGAGUCUGAUGUAACUAAUUGGGAUAUGUUUUGGACAGAUGCAGCUGUUUAACCUGAGACUCUAGGAAAAAUGCAACGUAUUUUUAUAAAUAAAUCAUAGCAUACUAAAAAAUUAAUCAUUUUCCUGGAAUGUAUUCUCUUGCUCGUAAGAAUCAUUUAGGAAGGAAUCUAAUGAAGAUGCGUAAAUAAUUCACUGAAGAAUAUAAGUUCUUUCCAUAAACAUGGUUAUUGCCAGCUGAAUAUGGAGACUUCAAAAACUAAUUUGUAAAAGGAAAAGCUAAAACUUUUAUUAUUAAACCUGAAGCAAGUUGUUAAGGAAGAGGUAUAUUUCUAACUAGAAAUAUAAAUGAUAUUAAUCCAAAUGAUCAUUAUGUAGCAUAGAGAUAUUUACACAGACCAUUAUUAAUUGAAGGAUUAAAAUUUGAUUUGAGAGUAUAUGUUUUAUUGGCUGGAACUGAUCCUAUGAGAAUAUAUGUAUACUAAGAUGGUUUAGUCAGAUUUGCUACGGAACCAUACAUACCUCCUAAUUCAUCAAAUUUAGAAGAUAUGUGUAUGCAUUUAACAAAUUAUGCUAUUAAUAAAGAAAAUCCAAAUUUUGUAUUUAAUAAAGAUGCUAGUAGAAUGGAUAUUGGACAUAAGAGAUCCAUAAAAGCAGUAUUUAGUAAAUUAGAAUAAGAAGGUCAUGAUAUAAAAAAACUUUGGUAAGAUAUGUAUGAAUUAUUUAUUAAAACCUUUUGUACUGUUUAACCAAUAUUAAGUCAUCAUUAUAGAUCAUGUCAACCUGAUAAUUAUGCUAAUAAUAUGUGUUUUGAAAUCUUAGGCUUUGAUAUCUUUUUAAAUCACAAAUUAUAACCUAUCUUAUUGGAAGUUAAUCAUACUCCUAGUUUCACUACAGAUACUCCUCUUGAUUCAAUGAUAAAGAAAAAUCUUAUUAGAGAUACAUUGAAAUUAAUGAAUGUAAGUUUAAAAGCCAAAGAAUAAAUAAUUGCAUCAAGAAAAGAAUCUCUAUAGUAAAGAGUAUUAACAGGUAAAAAAAUAAAAUUGACAAUGGAAGAAAAGAUUUCAUAAAUGAAAUAAUGGGAAAAAUAGAGGAAUGAUUAUGAGAAUGCACAUUUAGGAGAUUAUGUUAAGAUAUAUCCACUUGAAGAUUAUUAAAAAUAUGAUAAAUAUAUAGAAUUUGCUUCAUCAUUAUAAGAUAGUUGGACUGGAACAAGUAUUAUUUUAUAUUAAUAAAUUCUAGAUAUAAAAAGAAAUUAAAAGAAAGAUGUAAAAGAUUCUUAAAAUGCAUAAUAAUAAUAAUAAUAAUAAUAAUAGAUAUAAAAUAAGAAUAAUAUAAUUAGAGCUCCAUUUAAACCAAAUACUCCUGCUCAUAAUCUUCCUAAACUAUAAAAUAUACCUAGACCUGAAAGUAUCAAUGUACAUGGAGAAGAUGAAUAAGUUAGUGCAAAAGUGAGCAAAUUAUCAAGUGUCAAAAUUUAAUCUAGAUAAUAAUCUGAACCUCCAUUUUUAAGAGUCAAAUAAGCAGUAAAAAAAUAAACUUAAUAAAUGAUUCCUAAACCUUGUUUACAACCAAAAUUAUUUGAUAUGGAAUCAAUAGGAUAGGAUAAAUUUAAUAAUAUUAAAAGAUAAUAAUAUUAAGACUAGAUGCUUGCAAAAUGA